AUGGUAAGUGUUAACUAGUAGAUUAUGUUGUUUUAGUUAAAACGUAGAGCCCCAUCAAAGUCUCCGAAGGCAACUCACAAUGCCGCAGAUGGGAAACGGCCGAAUUACAACGGAGAGGUUACUGUAAGUCUUGCAAUUUACUUGUAAUUGUUGGUUUAGCCAUUGAGAACUCGGAAUCAGUUAAGUUUUGGAGAAGACAAUGAUUCUGACGAUGAAUCCACGGAGAUGAGUCGCCGUGAACAUGAAGAGAUGAUGAGGAAGGUCCUGACAAGGCCGUUUCGUGUUCCUAUUGAUGGAUACAAGGGUCAGUUAUAAAUUUGUAUCAUUUAAUAUUAACUUUUGACGUUUCUUAUAUCGAUAUUGGUUUAGGAGCUCCAACAAAUCGAGCGCUUGGUGUGAGAAGAUCAGGAGCUAAGGUAUCGCUGUACGAUCCUUAUGAGGAGAACGCACUAGUUUUGUACAUUCCGUCUGAACUUAGUGCCCAAGAAAAGCUUGGCUUGGACAAUAAGUUGAGGAAGGUGCAUGUUGUAGUAGAUCCGAGUCUUUCAUCAGUUCUCCGUCCUCAUCAACGUGAAGGAGUCAAGUUCAUGUAUGAUUGUGUGACCGGGAAGAUUAUUGAAGGAUAUCAUGGAUGUAUUAUGGCCGACGAAAUGGGUCUUGGGAAGACUUUGCAGUGUAUUGCUUUGAUGUGGACAUUGUUGGUAUGUUAAGAUCGUUAAAAUUGGGUGUCUGAAGUUUGAUUUAAAAUGGAAUCUGUUCUAAACUUUGUCCUUUGAUAAAAUUGAUCUUUUUACUGAUUUGGAGUCCGCAUUCUAACUUUAUCAUUGCAAACUUAUGAUUUAUGGCAUUUUAGAGACAGAGUCCAGAUGCGGGUCCAGAAAUCAACAAGGCCGUGGUCGUUUGUCCGAGCAGUUUGGUGAAGAAUUGGGACAAGGAGAUUGCCAAAUGGCUAGGAGGUCGAGUCAAUUCGUUACCUAUUGACUUCGGGAAGAAAGAUGAAAUUAUCAGACAUUUAGGUAAUAAUUCAUUUAUGCUUUUGAGUGGAAACUGUUGUAUUGAUCUUAUAACUCGUAUUCAUAUGUUUGAUCGCUUCAGAAACCUUCAUUAAUCAGCUGGGAAAACGUGUGGCUACUCCUGUAAUCAUCAUAUCUUAUGAGACGUUGAGAGGCUAUAUUAAUAUCCUUAACAAACAGGACAUUGGACUGGUGAUUUGUGACGAGGUAAGUUGUUUUACUUUUUAAAUAUGUUAUCUAAGACAUCUUUCAGCACUUUAUAACUUGCUUUUAGGGACAUCGGUUGAAGAACAGUGACAAUCAAACGUACCAAGCUCUGACUAGUUUGCAGUGCACCAAACGAGUCUUGAUUUCUGGUACUCCGAUUCAGAACGAUCUUCUAGAAUAUUACAGGUAACUAAAUUGUUUUCGUCUAAAAUGACGUUUUAUGCAAAUGUAUAUUAUAAAAUGGGUUUUUUAUACCUAAAUGUGUACAUUUUAUACGUGGGUAUUGAAUUUUAACAUUAUUUUAUAGCUUGGUCAACUUUGUGAACCCUGGAAUGUUGGGAACAGCUCAGGAGUUCAAAAAGAAGUUUGAGAAUCCGAUUCUGAGAGGUCGAGAUGCCAGUGCUACAGAGGAUCAUCAGAAGGUGGGAGAGGAGAAGCUACAAGAGAUGGUAGCUUUGGUCAACAAGUGUAUCAUCAGAAGAACGUCUGCUUUGCUCACCAAGUAUCUGCCUGUAAGACGUUAUUUUACUUUAUUAACUAACUUUUUUCAUAAUUUCGCUUUUGUGAUUUUUCAUACUGUAACUUUCGUGUUUUCAGAUAAAAUAUGAGAUCAUAAUCUGCUCCAAGAUGACCAAGUUCCAAGAAAAGUUGUACAAACAGAUAAUCAGUGGAAAGGGAAAGGAUGUCUGCAACGAUGCUUCCAAAAAUGGUCUUACUGGUACUGCUCUUGCCUUGGUGACGAGUCUGAAGAAGUUGUGCAAUCAUCCACAUCUUAUCUAUGACAAAGUCAUCCAAGGCGAAGUCGGUUUCCAAGGUAAGCUUACUUUAUAGGCUUGUUUUGAUUUGCAAUCUGUUUGAACUAUGAGUUUUGAUUAUAUUACAUAUUGAUGGCAUGUAGUAACUGAUAUAGUAAUGUAAUAUACUUGAAGGUUGCAAAGAGAUCUACCCCGACCAUUACCUGAAGCGACCAUUGGAUCCAGUUUUCUCGGGCAAGAUGCGGAUUCUGGAUCUGUUGUUGGCAGUGACCAGACACGACACCAAUGACAAGUUUGUCGUCGUAUCUAACUACACUCAGACGAUCGACGCUAUUGCUGAGGUAGGUAUUAAGCAUGAAGUUUUAAAAAUUUAUGAAGUUAGUAUAUCAAUCAAUAUUAAUUGUUUAAGCUGUGCAAUCUUCGCCGAUAUCAGUACGUUAGACUCGAUGGAAGUAUGUCAAUCAAGCAGAGAGCCAAGAUUGUGGAGAAGUUCAACGAUCCUAUUGUAAGUUUGGUGGUGUUAUAGAUGCUGCUAUGGACCGUUAUAUUCUGGGUUUUUACUGUUUUUUAUUGGCGUAUUUUAUCAAUAGCUAUCAAUUCUAUUAUUCAGGCUCCUGAGUUCAUUUUCUUACUGUCUUCGAAAGCUGGUGGUUGUGGCUUGAACUUGAUUGGAGCCAACCGACUGGUUAUGUUUGACCCGGACUGGAAUCCAGCCAACGACGACCAAGCGAUGGCUAGAGUGUGGAGAGAUGGGCAGAAGAAGAACUGCUUCAUUUACAGAUUACUCGCGGUCAGUGUUAUUUCUUAACAUAUUACUUUUAUGAAUUUAUUUUAUUAACACGGAAAAGCUUUUCAAAUUAUCUCAAAACUGUUUUACUGAACUUUGUUCUAGACCGGCACGAUUGAAGAGAAGAUCUUCCAACGUCAGACCCACAAGAAGGCCUUAUCAUCGUGUGUUGUGGACGAGGAAGAGAACGUGGCGAGACAUUUCUCCAUCGACCAGUUGAAGACCUUGUUCGAGUACAAUGACACAGCAGCCAGCGAUACUCACGAGAAGAUCAAGUGUCAGCGAUGUCUCGCAGGCAGGGAGAUCGCUGAUCCACCUCCAGAUUCCGACACCAACUCUGACUUGGCCCACUGGUUCCACGUGGAGAAAGAUGCCAGGAAGGUGCCAGAUCAUGUAGUCAGAAGGAUCCACGAUCCGGAGACCAUCUCGUUCUUGUUCUACCAAAAGUCUCAUGAGCAACAUCGCCUGAGGGCAGAAGAGAAGCAGGAGAAGGAAGACGAGGACUAUAAUCCAGAAGAAGAGACUUCAGAAGCUGGGGAGUUUGACGAUUAA